AUGAUAGUCCGGCUCCGGCGUCACCGGGCGCUGGGCCAGCCCCUCGUUCUUGUUUCUAUCAUACUCGUCAUACUCGUCACGGCGAGUUUUCUUCUCAGGAGCCAGCGAUACAAGUCGAUACAACUCACGGAUGCGACCGACUUCACCAAACCGCCGACGGCCACGGAUGGCGCAACGACUACACAGGUCCAUGAGGUGAUGCACUCCGACGCCGAGGCCGAUAAUCACCAAGAAGUACCAACGCAGGAAGAGUUCGAGGAGGAGAGCAGGGAGCUGCUGGAUAAUCCUGACGCGGGCGCAAUCUAUGGAAAUACCCUCGAGACACUCGUCGAUAAAGAAAAGUGGACGACUCAACAAAAGAAAGCCCUCGCCAGAACACGCAGCAAAGUGCCCUACAGUCUCGACAAGCCGUACAUCUUCAACCCAUAUCCACAGUACAACAGUCGAGCCUGGAAGGCGUCACACUCUGCAUAUACAUCAUGCUUGGGUCCAACAGGGAAAGAGGUGGAGGAUAUCCAGGUAUUCAAAGGCCAUCCAGCCAAGUUUCCCCAACCUGGUUUCGGCAGCUACGAGCUUUUAGGAAUCGACAAGAAUCUUUGCUUUGAGCGAGAGACCAGGCUAGGCCCGUACGGAGUGGCACCCGUGGAGGAUAAGAAUGGGCAGCCUGUUGAUUGGGAUAACGUGGACUGGGGAGAGCUGCAGUUGCAGUGCCUAGACAAGAACAAGGGACGGUUUGCGACGGAAUAUCCUUCCAAAAGCUUCUCCGACAGUGACAGCGGGUUCCACGUGGUGACAGAAAGAGAGCACAAGGCAGACGGAGCUGCAGAUGUGAUCGCGAAGAACGCGAAACGAUGGUGGGAUCCGGUAAAGCACGCAGUCCUUCUGCGCUCUUACACCGGGAAGAAAUACACGGAGAACGACAAGCAAGUCAUCAGAUCCAUGGUAACGGAGCUGAGCUUGCGAACCGGAGGCCAAUAUCAGGUCUUUCUUUUCGUCCAUGUCAAGGAGGACCGCGACAUCUGGUCGGACGACGAAGUCUAUGAAGAAAUCUUGGACACCGCCGUUCCUGUCGAAUUCCGAGGGAUGACGGUACUCUGGGAUGAGGCUUCGAUGAAGUUGGUGUACCCGAAACUGAGCAAGGAGGCCAUCCGAGUCCACAACGCACAGUUUUUGUCUGUCCAAGUAUUCAUGCAGAAGUUCCGAGAGUUCGACUACGUCUGGAACUGGGAGGUGGAUAGUCGUCUGACCGGUCAUCAUUACGACUUUUUGGCUAAACUUGAGGACUUUAGCAGGAAGCAACCGAGGAAGGGCCUUUGGGAACGGAACGGCCAAUUUUAUAUCCCCUCUUACCAUGGUGAUUACAACACGGAAUUUCGAAAGACCGUUGAAGAUGCGGCUGGUCAGGAUUCGGUAUGGGGUGCCCCUAAAUUACCCGUCGUCAACCCAAUCGGGACAAAACCACUCGUUUCAACACCAGAGCUGGACCGAUAUGAGUGGGGUGUCGGCGAGGAAGCCGAUCUCAUCACCCUCGCGAUUGUCGAGGAAGCUGGUCGAUGUGACUGCAACGCCGAGAAUCUCAAGGGGAACCACGUCGGCUCCGAAAUGGUAGCCCCGACCACGGCUUUGAUCCACGGACUCAAGGCCGUAUACGCCCCAAUGCCCGUGUUCUUCGACCGGCCAUGGAACGGUACCCAGCUGGCGCGAUGGUUCAACGGUGGACCGCGAGGACAGAGCGGUGGGCUGGGGAGCGCGAUGGGAUGGGGUAGAGAAGGGAGGUUCCAGGGUGCCACGUGGUAUUUCCGGGCCGUCCCGCCGCCACGGUUGUAUCAUAACUGGAUGGGAUAUGAAGAUACAGGUAUCGGGGGUGCCGAGUGGGAGCGCAGUCAUGGGAGGCCGUGUCUGCCGGCUAUGUUUCUCCAUCCGCUUAAGGACGUCAGGCCGACACCAAAGGGGUAUACGUCUGAGUCGAGGUUGCCAUACUAA